ACAGGUGUCUUUUAUACUGAUAACAAGUUCAAACAGGUGCCAUUAAUACAGGUAACAAGUGGAGGACAGAGGAGCCUCUUAAAGAAGAAGUUACAGCGUCAGACUCCGAUAACAACUGAGGUUCUGAUGGCAGGCAAACAGUACCCAUCCAUCCAGGAGUUCACCAACCAGCUGCUGCUGGGCUCCCUGCUGGAACACCUGUGCUUUGUUUAUGAGAGGGACCCGACCCGCUCACAUAUGCUUUUCAAAGUCAUUGGUCAGCAUUUAGCAGCGAAGAAUGUCCUCUCCCUAUUAACCAUCAGUGAGGAGUUCAGCACAAUCAGAUUUCAAUACAACAGAGGCUUCACUGAACUACUGCAUGCUGUCAGCACCUCCAUUGUUUCACAGGGUCAAAUGUUAUUGAAUACAGACACCCAGAGCCUUACGUUAAGCAGAGAUCCUUAUGGGGCUGUGGACAUGAAACAAACCCUCAGCAUUCUACAUAAAAUACUUAAAGGUGUAGAAUACAUUCAUUCUAGAGGAAUCAUGCAUAGAGACCUGAAGCCCAGGAAUAUUUUCAUGCUUGGACACAACUGCCAUGUGAAGAUUGGAGACUUUGGACUGGCUUGCAGGGAUAAAAUGAUGGAUGACAAGGAAAAACCACCCUCCACCUCACAGAACACGGGUUCCUCUCACACCGCUGGAGUGGGGACAUUUGUUUACGCAGCACCUGAACAGCUGGAGGGUUCCCACUAUGAUUCAAAUUCAGACAUGUACAGUAUAGGAGUCGUGGCCCAGGAGCUGUUCCAGCCCUUUGGGACAGAGAUGGAGCGUGUUCAGACGCUAGGGGACCUCCGUAAGGGGAAGGUCCCAGACUCCUUCUCCCAGCGCUGGCCUGUCCUGGCCAAGUACAUCACACUGCUGACCAGCAGAGACCCCACUCUAAGACCCAGCGCCACACAGCUGCUGCAGAGCGAGCUGUUCAGCAGCAAAGACAUGGUUAUCCAUGGCUUGCAGACAAGGGUUGAAGAGCAGAAAUAUGAGAUAGUUCAACUCAGGAGACAGAUCAGUCAGCUACAGACUCAGAGCAUGCAGCAAGCAUCCCAUUCCACGGACAGGACCUGACGUCAACCAUCUCUGCCCAUCUUCAAACCUGUUAUAUUCGACCCCUUUACCUUACCAAAUGUGAAUAAUUUGGUGCAAAUGGUUGAAUGUGUGUGGUCUCUCUGCCUGGAUGUAACAAUGUGACUAUAAAUUCAAAUUGUAGAAUAAAUCAUUUAAUUUA